CUAAAAAAUUUUCCUUUUAUUUGGUUUGAUUUUUAACAAUUAAACUAGAAAAAUUCUGACUGACAAUUAAGUAAAACUUUCAUGACAUAUUUUAACUCGACUUAUAUUAUACUGCAUUCGACGGUCAUCGGCGCCGCCCCUGCAUCAUCGCUGCUUCGACGGUGGUCGUGUAUCGGUACAGAGCUCAGGCUGUCAGUUGGCCAACGGCAGUUGAGGACUUGAGAUAGACUGUUUUGUUCAAGUUCUUCCGAGGGAUGACCCUAAAUUGCCAGUUGAGAGAGUGGCAUGUUUGGAUUCGGCUAUGUUGGAUAUUGGUAGGCUUGUUCAUUAUGAACUUUAUCAAGCAUUCGAUACUUAUCUUAAGGAUUUGAAUUUGGAUAAGAAAUAGUUGCAAUCCUCGAUGAACUGGUCCGUAAAUCAUUUAAGCACAUUGCUUCAGAAUUGCAUGAAAUUGAGACUCCUUCAACAAUGCAAGCAAAUUCAUGCAAUUAUGUUAACAUCAUGCCUAGAUAUGAACGUUCUGGCACUGAAUUCAAAGCUUGUUGGUGUCUAUGCUAGUUGUGGAGACUUAGUUUCUGCUGAAUUUAUAUUUCAAAGGACACACAAUCCAAAUAUUUUUGCAUUCAAUUGGAUGAUCUCAGCUUUAACAUUCAAUGGCUACCCCAAAAAAGCCAUUGGGUAUUUGUCCUUGCUCCUAGAAUCAGGAACUAUUAUGAAUAAUUACACAAUCUCUAUAAUCUUGAAAGCUUGCUUGGGUUUGAAGGAUUUGAGGAAAGGAAAGGGAGUUCAUUGCAUGCUAUAUAGAUUAGGUUUUCAAGUGGAUUUACCAAUUGGUAAUGCAUUACUCGACAUGUAUGGGAAACUCAGAAACAUGCAUUAUGCACGUUCAUUGUUUAAUGCAAUGUCAAUGAGAGAUGUUGCAACCUGGACAUCGAUGCUAUAUGGGUAUUCGAGCAUGGGAAAUAUUGAAGAGUGCCUUAAUCUGUUUGAAAGAAUGAGGCAUGGUGGCCUGAAGCCAAAUGAGUUCACAUGGAACGUAAUCAUAUCUGCAUGUUCCAGGAGAGGAGAUUCAGAUGCUGCUUUUCUUUUGCUGUCUAAGAUGAGCAAAGAGGGAUUGGAGUGUGAUUUGGUGACAUGGAAUGCAAUGAUUUCGGGGUUCGUGCAAAGCCACCGAUAUGAUGCAGCAUUUGCAUUGUUUCAAGAAAUGUUAGCUGCGGGUCAAAAUCCGAAUGAAACCACUUUCACCUCACUUCUUACCGUGUGUGGAGUGAUUGGUGCAGUUAAGAUAGGGAAAGAAAUCCACGGCUCGAUAUACAGAACAAGGAUUAAUAUCAAUGCCUUUGUUUCAAGUGCUCUUGUAGAUAUGUAUGCAAAAUGUGGAAGCGUAAAUGAUUCUUGGAAUGCAUUUAUAACAGCUCCUGUCAAGAAUUCAGCAUCAUGGAAUUCAUUAAUAGGAUGCUAUGGAAAGCAUGGCAUGGUAGACCACGCAAUAAAACUCUUUGAGAAGAUGCAAUAUGAAGGAAUUCAAGCAACUGAACUUACUUUCACUUCUCUUCUUUCUGCAUGUAGUCACAAUGGAUUAGUUAAGAAAGGCUUGGAAAUUUUUAGAUCCAUGGAUGUGCUCUAUGGCAUUCCUGCAAAGAAAGAGCACUAUGCAUGCAUCGUUGAUCUACUAUGUCGUUUUGGUUGGAUGGAUGAAGCUUAUAAUACCAUUAUACAAAUGCCAAUAGAAGUUACAGAGUCAAUUUUAGGUUCUUUCUUUAAUGGUUGUAAGGUUCAUGAGAGGAAAGAUCUUGUUGAAAUGUUGUCUACAAAAAUUCCAAAGAUGGAGUUGAGGGUGCCAGGAAGUACUGUCACCCUAUCUAAUGUAUAUGCAGCCCAAGGAGAGUGGGAAAAGGUUGAAACAAUGCGGAAGCUGAUGAAGUACAAAAGUUUCAAUAGGAUCCCUGGUUCCAGUUGGGUGUCUGGUGUAGAAGACAAAUCAAAAGGAUAAGGUUAUGAGGAAAUUUGUCAUGUUGACAAUGCCACAGGAAUGGGGAACUUGUAACAGAUGAAGAAGUAAUAGCUGAGGUUAGAUAUUGCUGUUCCACACUCGCACAGCCACACUUAUCAGGGGUUCAAUAUUUUCUGCUCAGUGUUGCUCCUCAAGGUUUUAUUCACUCCCAGAUCCUCCACCUGACUUCUCUGAUUCUGGUUCGGACCACUAAAAGAUGAUACAGUACAUAAACACUUUCCGUCCCUAAUCAAAUCCUAAUUAGCUUGAUUUGUUCAUCAAUAAAAAGGUUUGCUUUGAUGUGAAACUUGUAAAGACUUUUCUACAUAGAAUCUUCAUUCAAUGAGCUAGCUGGUUUAUAAAUGUUAUUAUAAGUG